CAACACAUAUCCUCAGAGCACAUUAUGGAUCGACGCAGGAACAAUCUCACUGACGAGUCUGAUGACGCCGAUGUGUCUCAACUGUCCGCUUCAUCCAUCGCGGACUCACUUCGAGAGCUCAUCCUCAACACCUUUGCUGCAACCACGAGCCUGUUCACUUUCAGUGACGACGAAAUGCGUACAUCGCCCCCGGAGGUCAUUCUUCGCCGCAUGCUGUCCACCAAGUCCGCCAUAUCGACAAAGUCUUCUCUUGCCGAAGCUAAUCAGCGCGCACGCGAUGACGCGAGUCAACAAACAUUUCUCCAAGUCGGCAAGGGACAGUGUGGAACGGUGUUUGCAUUAAAGGGCACCGACACGGUCAUCAAGCUCGCCAAUACGGCCGCUAAGAAGGAUGAACUCUACACCGAUCUCCAGACACACCAGUGUGUGUACCAAGCUUUCGAUGCCCUUGCUUCCAUUCAUCCAACAGUCCGUGUUCCCCGCUGCCAGGCAUGGGUUGCGCCCACGAGCAACAGGUUCUGGGAUUCGAAGGGCGCUUUGUUUCCCGAGAAUACUCCCACGCCCAACUACGGUCUUCUCUCCGAGCGUAUCUUUCCCCUCCCUCUUCCUGUACGCGCAGCCAUUGUUGAUGCGCUCUGCCCCAAAGCCAUCAAGAAUGCCAAGACCCAGUUUCUCAACUAUCACGAGAACAAGUCUUGCCUGGUCAGAAUUUAUCUAGGUCGCCGCAACGACACCCGAAAGGCAGAAGCUAGGAACGUUCGACUCCGCAACUUCCCUCUCCACGUCGAUGAGAUGGAGCGCCUUGAGCUGGAUACCAAAUUCUAUGCGAUAAACAUGGCACACGCUUUGGCAAUUCUCCACUGGAGGGCCAACGUCGAUGCCAACGACGUGGAGUUCGUAUUAGGAAGCAGCCCGGCGAUCAGUGGUCGUCCAACGGUAGCGGACCUUGAUGCAAGUACGGCAGACACAGCAGGUCGUUUUUUCGAUCUCGACUUCGAGCACCGCACUGUAUCUAUGUGGCUACUGGACUUUAACCAGUGCAAGCGCUUCCAGUACAGUCAGGCACUCAACCCAGAAGGCCGUGCCCAAGCCAUGAAGAAGUUGGUCGAAGGCUUCUGGUUCAAUGAUCCCUACUACCCUCGCCCCAACGCCACCGACGAUCAAGACAAGGAACUUUGGGCAACGUUUGAGAACCACUACCUCAAGGUGGGUACACUGCUGGUUGCGCAUCAGGGUCCAGCGGAGUUCGUUCGGGCUGUGGUGGAGAAGGGUAAGCAGCGAGCAGCAGCUAGCAGCUUGUUCGGCUGA